UCGUGGGGCGGGACGAGGAGAAGCCAAACGUAAAGACACCAGGAGUUUCUCGGCCCCAGGUUUGGCUGCUGCCGGGGAGCUCCAAGCCUUGGCUUGUUCUUGCAGUGAAUAGGAGUCUGGGCAGGCGUCAGGCUAGUCCGACGGAGAGUGGGUAGGUGGAAGCCCUCCAAAGAGCGGUGGUGGUUCGGGAGCCGUCUUAGUUGGCCGCGCCCCGGGCGCAUGCGCGGGGCGGGCGGCCCGGCUUGGGCCGCUAGUCCGUUCCAGCCCCGGGCGCUGCGUGCCUCCGUACGGUGCCGCGCAGGGUCUGGGCUGCAGAGGCGCGGGCGACUUUGGAACCGUGUCCUGAGCGCGCUCCGUGCGCCCGGCGCGAGGUGUGAUCAGCACUGGAAAAGAUGCCUGCCCCUGCUGCCACAUAUGAAAGAGUAGUUUACAAAAACCCUUCCGAGUACCACUACAUGAAAGUCUGCCUAGAAUUUCAGGAUUGUGGAGUUGGACUGAAUGCUGCACAGUUCAAACAGCUGCUUAUUUCGGCCGUGAAGGACCUGUUUGGGGAGGUUGAUGCCGCCUUACCUUUGGACAUACUAACCUAUGAAGAGAAGACCUUGUCAGCCAUCUUGAGAAUAUGUAGCAGUGGCCUUGUCAAAUUGUGGAGCUCUUUGACCCUGUUAGGAUCCUAUAAAGGCAAAAAAUGUGCUUUCCGGGUGAUUCAGGUUUCUCCAUUUCUCCUUGCAUUAUCUGGUAAUAGUAGGGAACUAGUAUUGGAUUGAAUGAAUAGUCUUCCAUUUUGGAAACAUUCCUCCACUCUCAUAUUUAUUUUUUGGUGCCUGCAUGUUUGAAGACUGAAGCAGGCUAAAAGCUCUUGAUGAAAUUUGUGGGUGCUGAAGAUGUUCCCACUAAUUUCCAGCCAUCGCUUUUGGUGGGGUGGGCUUCGGAGGACAGUCUGCCUGAACCUGCCAGUGCUGACCCUGCAGCACUUUCAGCAUAUGCACAUCAAAGUUGGAGACCGCGCUGAACUUAGGAGGGCCUUCACACAGACAGAUGUGGCUACCUUCUCAGAAUUAACGGGGGAUGUCAAUCCUUUGCAUUUAAAUGAAGACUUUGCAAAACACACCAAGUUUGGAAAUACAAUUGUACAUGGAGUUUUGAUCAAUGGACUUAUCUCAGCUCUCCUGGGAACUAAAAUGCCAGGGCCAGGUUGUGUAUUUCUUUCCCAGGAAAUUAGCUUUCCAGCCCCUUUAUAUAUUGGAGAAGUUGUUUUAGCUUCUGCAGAAGUGAAAAAGCUGAAGCGGUUCAUUGCUAUUAUUGCAGUGUCAUGUUCUGUAAUAGAAAGUAGAAAGACUGUUAUGGAAGGCUGGGUUAAAGUUAUGGUUCCAGAAGCUCCGAAAUCCUGAAAUAUGUGUUUACAGAUGUAACCUCAAACACCAAUGCUGUAGUUAAAGAGCCUCUGGGGAAAUGGAUUGCUGCUUUUCACCAAAGAAUGGUUUAUAGGCCCAGAAGCCCAUCUUAGUUAUGGGAAGGGAGCAGGUAGAGGGUUGUUCAAAUGGCCACUUUCCAGUUUGGCCUUAUGCUUCAUGCAGACUUGAGUGUAUGCAGGAUUUUCAUUAUCUGCCUGGCUUUUUUGUUUUUUGCUUUUUAAUUCAAGAAGUGGGCUGGGCCCGGUGGCUCAUGCCUAUAAUCCUGGCACUUUGGGAGGCUGCGGCAGGUGGAUCACGAGGUCAGGAGUCCAAGACCAGCCUGGCCAACAUGGUAAAACCCCAUCACUACCAAAAAAAAAAAAAUACAACUAUCUGUGCUUGGUGACUUGGCCCUGUAGACCCAGCUGCUCGAGAGGCUGAGGUGGGAGAAUUGCUUGGGCCUGAGAGCUGGAGGCUAUGGUGAGACUGAGAUCGUACCACUGCACUGUAGUCUGAGAGACAGUGAGACCCUGUCUCAAAAAAGAAAAAAGUAUUGGGAAGGUUAUUUGAAGACUCUACUUUUAAAUCAGGCAUGACGGCUCACGCCUGUAAUCCCGGCAUUUUGGGAGGCCGAGGCAGGCGAAUCACUUGAGGUCAUGAGUUCAAGACCAGCCUGGCCAACAUGUAAAACCCCAUCUGUACUAAAAAUACAAAAACUGGGUGUGGUGGCAGGCACCUGUAAUCCCAGCUACUUGGGAGGCUGAAGCAGGAGAAUCGCUUGAACGGUUGCAGUGAGCCAAAAUCAUACCAUUGUACUCAUCCUGGGUGACAGAGCAAAACUCCACCUCAGAAAAAAAAAAAAAGAUUGUACUUUUAGGAAUUCAGACCUA